CCACCGAAGUACUGACGUUUCGCUGUACCAUCGCAUGGCCGACGUGUGCAUUCCGAGGUUCACUUUCGCGUGGUACCCGCUGUGUCACAAGUAUUGCUUUUAAAACGUAACACUUGUGGCAAACACCAACAUACUGAUCUCAAAAGAAAAAUUCGUAGAUCCGGCUUUCACGUCGACGUGGACCACCUUUCCAGGCUUUGUCCCGUUGGUGAUAAACGAUUAAUUUGGUAAAAACCCAUAAGCCGCGACCACGCGACAGAACGCGCAGCAAUGUCCAACGAGGAGACUUCCGCCGACCGCAAUGUCGAGAUCUGGAAAAUUAAGAAACUCAUAAAAAGUCUUGAAAUGGCUAGAGGGAAUGGGACUAGCAUGAUUUCACUAAUCAUCCCUCCAAAAGAUCAAAUAUCGAGAGUAAGCAAAAUGUUAGCAGAUGAAUUCGGAACAGCAUCAAAUAUUAAAUCUCGUGUAAAUAGACUAUCUGUUUUGGGUGCAAUCACAUCUGUACAACAUAGGCUAAAAUUAUAUACUAAAGUACCUCCAAAUGGCCUGGUGAUAUAUUGUGGUACCAUUGUAACAGAGGAAGGAAAGGAGAAGAAAGUUAACAUUGAUUUUGAACCUUUCAAACCUAUUAAUACUUCUCUUUAUCUAUGUGAUAACAAGUUUCACACUGAAGCACUUACAGCAUUACUUGCUGAUGAUAACAAAUUUGGUUUUAUAGUCAUGGAUGGUAAUGGAGCAUUGUUUGGUACACUACAAGGGAAUACUCGUGAAGUUUUACAUAAGUUUACUGUAGAUCUUCCAAAAAAGCAUGGCAGAGGAGGACAGUCAGCUCUUCGUUUUGCUCGGUUACGUAUGGAAAAGCGACAUAACUAUGUCCGAAAAGUUGCAGAAGUAGCCACACAAUUGUAUAUUACUAAUGAUAAACCUAAUAUUGCCGGUUUAAUUUUAGCGGGUAGUGCUGACUUUAAAACUGAACUUAGUCAAUCAGAUAUGUUUGAUCCAAGAUUACAAGCAAAAGUUAUAAAGCUGGUAGAUGUUUCAUAUGGUGGGGAAAAUGGUUUUAACCAAGCUAUUGAGUUAGCUGCUGAAUCCUUGCAAAAUGUAAAAUUCAUUCAAGAAAAAAAAUUAAUUGGUCGUUAUUUUGACGAAAUUUCACAAGAUACAGGAAAAUAUUGUUUUGGAGUAGAAGACACAUUAAGAGCAUUAGAGUUAGGUAGUGUGGAAACUCUUAUUUGUUGGGAAAACUUAGACAUCCAACGAUACGUUUUGAAGAACCAUACAAAUGCAGAAGAGAAAGUUUUACAUCUAACACCAGAGCAAGAAAAAGACAAAACUCAUUUUACUGAUAAAGAGAGCGGGGUAGAAUUGGAACUUGUAGAGUGUCAACCUCUACUUGAAUGGCUUGCAAACAACUACAAGAGUUUUGGUGCCACUUUGGAAAUCAUUACAGACAAAUCUCAAGAAGGUUCCCAGUUUGUAAGAGGUUUCGGCGGCAUUGGAGGUAUAUUACGGUACAAAGUGGACUUUCAGAGUAUGCAGUUGGAUGAUGUUGAAGUUGAUACUUUUGAUCUGGAUGACUAUUAAAUCCGUGACUCGACAGACAGUUCUUUUAGCUUCAGAGGAAAACAUAACUAAAUGUUCUCCCUUGCAUCAUAUUUCAAGAAGCACAUAGAAGGACAUGUUUAUAAAAUUUAUCAUAUGAUGCAACUCACACAUCAUGAAAUUAUUCAUUAGAAUUCAUUCGAGCAUUUCACAAUCGAUACACAAAGGUGAGAAGCACAACACGUGGCGCGCCGAUAAUCCAUGUCCAUGAAGAAAAAAGGCAACUCGAAGACUGUGACACUUAAUUAAGCCAGCUUGAUACCUGCCUAUCUCACACAACAUUACCUUAUAUUACAGUUACAUUCUUUAAUUAUUCACAUGGAUUUAUUUAAAUAAUUACACGCGUUACAGUGCUGAAUAUGUUUGUACAGUACACGGUUUGAGGCAUCAUAAUUUUGUAUCAAAUUGAUGUUUGUCAUCUCGUAAUGAAUCUUAUGAUAAAAAAAAAAGAGGUAUUCGAGCA